AUGUUUUCCCCUUCUCCGACGAUUGUGUCCCGGCGAGACAUAUCUUCACCCACCCACACUUUCUUUCCCGUUCUUCUGCCCCGCACAACCGAAGCCCCGGCCGCAUCAACCAGCUGCCCUCCAAACACGCUCGUUGUACAACUUGCCACGACCUUGGUCAUACCCGAUUACACUCUUUACUAUUCCCCAACCCCAAUCGAAUCCUUCCGCCCGACCUACGCCGCCCUCAAUGACGGCUCGCUUCUCGCCCCGCCAUUUUACGAGGAUCUCACAAAUGCCAAUCUCGGCCUGCUUAUGACCGGUGCACUUGCCGUCGUUUUUCUGAGGAACAUCAUUGUCUCAGGCGAUUACCUACGUCGAGGAAAAGUCAAGAAGAAAAACCUCUUCUACAUUUUAUUCCUCAGCCAGUUGCUCGCUCCGGUCGCGUUCGUGCCCAUCAUCUUGUCGUAUUUCACUCAGCGAAUAAGCUGCAUGGUUGUCAUCGUUUUGGCAUGUCUGACGGGAACAGUUUCGCUCGGCCUGUUGAUAACGGUCAUCCUGGGUGUCAAGGUUUACAAGUGUCUAAACCAUCCACGAUUUGUCCCAAUCGUAUUGGGUCUCUUUCAAGCGGCAUCUUCGACGGUGGUCGUAUUCGACGUAGUUGAAACAAAGGCCGUUCGGAGAUUGACAGGUAGUUGUAUUCGCACCGACGAUUUGCGAUUCACCCGCAUUUAUGUUGCUAUCCAAUUUCUUGAAUCCCUCUUCAUAUGUUGCUGCUUCGUCUAUGUUUCUUGGAGAUCUCGGGGUUCCCCAGUCGCUCGAGGUCGAAUCUCCAUCCAGCUUUCUAUGGACGACCUUCCUAUUGCAUUCCCGGAAGACUCUGUUGACAAGCGGCAACCAACACGAAGAGGCUGGUGGGACUACGUGCCAGACAGCCACCCCCGCGAGGAUAACGCAACAGAGGCGGAUUCAAGACCCAGCGUGGCCCGACGAUUUUUAUCGAAGUUCGAGACUGAUCGUCCUCGAUCGAAAGACAACAGGUCGAAACUGCGUCGCGCUAACUUUUCCGAAAAGUCUGAGCAAAACGCAGAAGAUCCGUCCUCCCGGUUUUCUAUAGCGUCGGCGUCAGCAAAUAGAUUCAGUCGGAUGUUUCCUCGAAUGGAACUCUUCCAGAAAGUCAUGAAGGAUGAGCUGCUAUACACUACGUUCAUCACAUCAAGCUGCGUGAUUGCAGCAGUACUCUCCGUGAUUGGGGUCAACUUCAAAAACGGUCUGAGUGUAUCGGGCUGGAUCACAUUGAAUUGGGCUAUUAUCUCCUUACUCACCAUCCACAGCUUCGGACGAGUUGUUCACAGGCAUGAGCGCGAUGCGCUCCUCCAACAUCCGGCUACCUGUACCGCCAUCAUGCGAGCAGCAAACGACAUCGCCAAACGAGACGAGCGACAAACAGAGAAGGUCUUUUUGCCAGCGUUCCCUACGCCGAAGACUUUACGAAUUGCUACUAGCCGCAGUACGGUCGAUGAUCCAGAUGAUCCAUUCGCAGAUACACAACCUUUGGACCAGAAGAACCCCUUCGUCUCAGCCCCCGACGAACAGGGACCCGCUCCAGUGGCAUCCACUUCACGUCUGCCAGCGUCUCCGCCGAACUACGGCCCACGUCUUCGUGAACUAUAUCGUUCACCUAGCAACUUGCCUUCCCAAGACCAAGACUUCCCAACGUCGAACUUGGGGACUCCAGUUGUGCCCUUGGAUGGUUUAAACACCGCACAGCAACGAGGGUUUUCCCGAAGUUGGCUAUUUUCAACACAUUCAGGACUGAGUUAUGUUUCAAGUCCUCGGAGCAGCUAUCAGGGAGGUGGGGUGACAUAG